AUGGAAAAAAAUAAAGUGCUUUUUAACAAAGAUGACAAAAUGGAUAUUCUUAGUAUGGACACCCUAAAACUGGCUGAUGAAAUCAAAAGAAAAAUAAUUGCACAACAGCUUCACACAGUUUUAGUUUUGUAUUUGCAAAUAUUAAAAGAAAAAAAGAUCGAAGAGAAAAAUAUCAAUGAUGACAUUGGACAGUAUAUAGGAAAUGUUAUUACCUCGGCACUGCAAUUAUACUCACUAAUAGAAAAACAAACAAAAGAUCGAAAGAAAUGCUACAUAAAAAAAAUUUGUCAAUUAUGUAACACCUUGUCAAAUAUAUUAAUAGAGUAUAUAAAAAAUAUUAAGGGAAUACCAGAUGAACAUAAUUCAUCUAAAAUAAAUGAAAACAAUCAAAAAUUAUUAAUAGACUGUUUGGAAAAUUCUAAGAAAGAGUUGAAAGAAACGUCUACGAGGAGUACAGAAAUCUCAAAAGAGAAAAAUGAAAAUGUGUUUGAAGAAACAUGUGGAAACAUUAACACCGUUUCAUAUCCUUGUGGUUAUGUUCAUUCACAAGACAUGAGAAGAAAAAAAAUUUCUUUACAGAAUGAGUUUUCAAAAGGUUAUCGCUUAAUGUGUUUAUAUAGUGCUCAAGAACUGAAUGAACAAAUCGAUUACAAUAAAAAAGUAAUAAAAAACAGUUUUAAGACCUUUCAAAAAAAAUACUGCAACAUAAAACUUCGUGAUAGGAGAGAACUAAUUUAUAAGUUUGCAAAAAUUCUGGAAAAUAAAAAUAUCCAUUUUUAUGACAUAUAUUAUAAGAAUGUUAAAGGAAAUGUUGUGAGUAACCAAAUUAAUAAUAAUUCUCAGGAAUUUCAUAAAGAUUUAUAUGAUCAUGGUACAUAUAAUAAUAGUAACCAUAAUACAACUAAUGUGGACGAAAAAGGUAUAAUCCAUUUAAUUAAUAUUCUAUUACAUACAAAUAAAUCAAUAACUACAUUUGAAAUAAAUUCUCAAGGAAAAAUUGAUGCAAUUAUACAGUUUUUACAAAAAAAUGGAAAAAAGAAAGAUAUCAUAUUAUUAAAUGAAUACGAAUAUUUUUUUACUAAUACAGAUGAAUGUGCAAAGAAAGAUAUAUAUAGGGACAAAGAAAAUGUUACAUGUAAUAACAAAAUGCUAAAAAGAAAUUUUCAAAAUAUUGAUGAUAGCAAUAAUACUAAUAUAAAAGAAGAAAAAGAAAAAAUUUAUUUUUAUGUUGGUAAUAAAAAAAAAAUAGUAUUUGAUGUAGAGAAAAAACAAAAGAUCGUUUACGAAAUUGAUGAGAAGAAUUCUUUGUUAACCAAAAAAAAAUUUAUAAAAGAUAAAAAUAACAAAGAUAUUUUAUUAAAGGUAUACAAUGAAAAUGAUUGGUCUGAUGAGAACAUGGAAUUUUGUUAUAUAACUGAAAAAAAUGAGAAAGAAAAAAUUGUAAUUCAAAAAAACAAACAUGGAAAAAAGAAAACGGUUUAUACAAAUAAAAAUAAUGAAUUAGAUAAUAAUGUAAAGAAUUUUAAAUUCUAUAAAAAAAAUAUAAAGAAUGUGAAGGAAAUAAAUUUUUAUGAUGAUGAAGAAGUCAUAUUAUCUUUGCUUAAACAAAAUGAAAAGAGAAAAAAAUUAGAAGAUAGAAAAAAUAAUUAUAAUAUUAAUAAUAUGGAAAAAACCAUAUGGAAUGAUGAUAAUAUAUCAGUGUAUGAAAAAAAUAAAAUACAAUCCAUAUGGAAAAAAACAAAAAAUACUUGGGCAAAUGAAAAAGAUAUGUAUGUAUUAGAACAUAAAUAUUUAGAAAACAACAAUGAUGAGAUGAAUAUAGAAUCUUUAGAUACAUAUGCAAAUAUUAUAAAAAGUAGAAAAGAGUUUCUUUUAAAAAAACUUUAUUUGGAUAAUCAACAAGAUAUAUCUUCAUUUUUAAAAAAAGAUGAUGAUUAUUAUUUUAAAAAACAUGGGAAUAAUACAGGCACAAACACAUUUGACAAAUGUGCUGAUGAUUAUAAAGAAGUGUAUGAGAAAAAUGUUAAGAAGAAUAUGGAUAUUACUAAUAAAUGUAUUGAAAAUAAGUUUGAUAAUAUAAAAGUGAUAAAUGAUAAUAAUAAUAAAAAAAAUAAUUACAGUUAUAAUAAUUAUAGAAAUAAUAUUUGUUUGAAGAAUUAUACAGAUCUUUAUUUGGAACCAAAGAAAAAAAAUGAAAAGAAACAAAAGAAAGAUGAUGCUAUAAAUACAAUGAACACUUUAAUAUCAGCAGAUGAUAAAAAAAUAAUAUCAGAGGAAGAUAAUAUGAAUGAUAAAGAGAAAAUAAAAAUUGAAGAUUUUCUUUUUAAUCAAUAUUUAAAAAAGGUGAGUGUUAGCUCACAAAGUUUAAAAAAAAAUAAAAAAGAAAAGGAAAAAGAAGAAAGCAAAAUAAAGAAAAUUAUGUGUGAUACAAUAAAUAUGAAAGAUGAUGAAGAUGAAAAUGAAAAUAUAGAUGUAGUUGUAGAUGUAGAUGUAGAUGUAGAUGUAGAUGUAGAUGUAGAUGUAGAUGUAGAUGUAGAUGUAGAUUUUAAUGAUCAAAGAAAGAUAGAUAAUAAUGAUAUAUUACAAAUUGAUGACAUUGUAAAUAAAGAUAACAAACACAUAGAAUUUGAUAAAUAUUCAAAAAAUUGUGAGACUCAUAAUAAUUUAUUUAUUUGUAAUAAUCAGAAAGAUAAUAUAUCUGAUAAAAAUAAUAAAAUGAUAAAUAAAAAUUUAUUAAAAAAAAAAAAAACCUUAAAAAUGAAUUCAUUUAAUUCUGAAAAAAAAUUGUAUGAUAGUGAUAUUUCAAAUGUUAUGGAAAAAAAAAUAUAUAAUGAAAGAAAAAUUUCUGAUGAUAAUAUUAUAAACAAUCAAAGGUAUGAAGAUGAUAAAAUAAGAACAAAAUAUUUGAGUGAAGGAUUUUCUGCCUAUGUGCACAUUUCAUUAUGUGAAGAUACUAUAAUAAGCAAAAAGUGUAUCAUAUCUUGCAACGUCAACACUAAAAUGUUGAAAAUAAAAAAAAAUGAUAAAAUAUUUACCAUCGAUAUGAAUAAGCUGGAUGUACAAGAAAUACCAACAACAUAUGAUAACUUAGCUAUAAUAAAAUUAAUUAUUAAAAAAAAAAAUAAUAGUAAUUCGAACUGUUUAUUGAUUGAAUCAAAAAAUCUAAAGGCCUUACAACAUCUUGGCGAUGAAAUCGGAUGGAACUAUGAGCAGACAGGCUAUUCAACGGAUCAUAAAUUGGAUGAUCAAAAUGAACAGAAGGAAAGGAAGAAAACGGAUGAUGGGCAUAAAAAUAAUAAGCGCCAGUUGAUUGAUGAUAAUAGCACAGUUGGCUUUUUUGAUAAAAUAAAACUAAACAAAUUUUUAGGAAAAAAAAAAACAGAGGAGAAGGAUAUAUAA